AUGGAGGACGAUGAAGAAUCUCAAGCUCAACCACUUCCUACUCACCGGAACAACAUAGACGACAUGGAGGGCGACACCCCAAACCGCUCGCAUGAUCCAAUUGACACUCAGGCUCGUGUCUCAGCCAUAAAACCACCUGCACCCGUUCCAGUUAUCCCAUGA